CUAGCCCGCUCAGUCGAAAAUCGUUGCUAAUCGAAGCCAAAAGGCUCUAACUACAAAUUAAGAAAAAAAUACGUUUUUUGCGAAUUUUUAUUAUAACGAACGAAAAAUAAUAAGCAUAUAAUAUACAUAGAUAAAGAUAAUCGUACCCCAAGCCGUGGUUAGAGCUCAAUUUGAUUGCAAUCCAAAAAGGAAUAUCCGUACCUCAAGUUUAAAUACAAAAAAAAAAACAAAUACAGUCGCAGAAUGCCCCUACAACCGAUUGAGUCCCCCAAAUGCCCGCGUUGCGGCAAGAGCGUGUACGCUGCUGAGGAGCGCCUGGCUGGCGGCUAUGUAUUCCACAAGAACUGCUUCAAGUGCUCCAUGUGCAACAAAUCCUUGGACUCGACCAAUUGUUCAGAGCACGAUCGGGAACUCUUCUGCAAGGUGUGCCACGGACGCAAAUAUGGACCGAAGGGUUACGGCUUCGGCACUGGUGCCGGCACACUCUCCAUGGACAGUGGCGCACAGUUCCAGAACGGCGAUGUGGUGAGGAAUGGCGCUCGUCUUGAGCCACGCGCCAUUGCCCGGGCACCGGAGGGUGAGGGCUGUCCCAGAUGCGGCGGCUAUGUCUAUGCCGCCGAACAGAUGCUGGCACGCGGACGCAGCUGGCACAAGGAGUGCUUCAAGUGCGGCACCUGCAAGAAGGGCCUCGACUCGAUUCUGUGCUGCGAGGCGCCCGAUAAGAACAUCUACUGCAAGGGCUGCUAUGCCAAGCAGUUCGGACCCAAGGGCUAUGGCUAUGGUCAGGGUGGCGGCGCUCUCCAAUCCGAUUGCUAUGCCACCGACGAUGGUGCACCAUCUAUGCGUGCCGCUAUUGAGGUGGACAAGAUUAGGGCACGCCCCGGCGAGGGUUGUCCGCGUUGCGGUGGCGCCGUCUUUGCCGCCGAGCAGAAACUGUCCAAGGGCCGUGAGUGGCACAAGAAGUGCUACAACUGCAAAGACUGCCACAAGACUCUGGACUCGAUCAAUGCCAGCGAUGGCCCCGAUGGCGAUGUCUACUGCAGGACUUGCUAUGGCAAGAAGUGGGGUCCACAUGGCUAUGGAUUUGCCUGCGGCUCCGGUUUCCUGCAAACUGAUGGCUUGACCGAAGAUCAGAUCAGCUCCAGUCGCCCGUUCAUCAAUCCGGACACCACCUCGAUCAAGGCGCCCGAAGGCGAGGGCUGCCCGCGUUGCGGUGGCGCUGUCUUUGCCGCCGAGCAGCAGCUGUCCAAGGGCAAGAUGUGGCACAAAAGGUGCUACAGCUGCAUCGAUUGCCAUCGUCCACUCGACUCGGUGUUGGCCUGCGAUGGCCCCGAUGGCGACAUUUACUGCAAGGCUUGCUACGGCAAGCGCUAUGGACCCAAGGGCUUUGGCUACGGUCAUGCUCCCACUCUGGUCUCCACCAGCGGCGAGUCCACCAUCCAGUUUCCCGAUGGCGGUCCACUGAAUGGCCAGAAGACAUCUGGCGGCUGUCCCCGUUGCGGCUUUGCCGUAUUUGCCGCCGAACAGAUGAUCAGCAAGAGUCGCAUUUGGCACAAACGCUGCUUCUACUGCUCCGAUUGCCGUAAGUCUCUGGACUCCACGAACCUCAACGACGGACCCGAUGGCGACAUCUACUGCCGCUCCUGCUACAGCCGCAAUUUUGGACCCAAGGGCGUGGGCUACGGCCUCGGCGCGGGCGCUUUGACAACGUUCUAAAUGCCUUUCA